CAGUAACCGACUACUUCUGUUCGACCCACUUUUGGGGGCCCGCUUCCAACUUCGGUAUUCCCAUAGCAGCGGUAAUGGACACCCAGAAAGACGCCGACAUCAUCUCCGGGCCCAUGACCGCCGCUCUGAUUGGCUACUCCGGCGUGUUCAUGCGCUACGCUCUUGCUGUAACGCCCAAAAACUACCUUCUUUUUGGCUGCCACGUCGUGAACUUCUCCGCACAGUGCACGCAGGGUUAUCGCUACGUCAACUAUCACUAUAUGGGCGGGUCACAGAAAGUGCUGGAGAAGAGGGCGAAGGAGGGGUUAAAGGGGGCGGAAGGAGGGCUGGAGCAGGCGAAGAUGAGUUUUGAUCAGGCGGCUGAUCAGGCGGAGAAGGGCUUGCAGCAGGGCUACAAGAAGGUCGAGGGAUCGGUGAAGGAGGCGAUGGGCCAGGUGGAGAAGGCCGUAAGAUAGCAAUCUCUGAAGAACGCUUGUUCUGGCUUCAUUUCCAGGCGCAUGGUACGGACAGCUCUGAUUGAAUUCUGUUGUGCAUUGUUCAGUAGCCGGAUAGGCAAUUUUACACAUACGGACCUCGAAGUCGUGCUCCAGCAGCACACUCGCACACACUCUCACUCUCUCUCUCUCUUACGCCACGAACGCUAACAGCACAAAAGCAGCGACCAGUGCUGUCAAUGAAUCUCCACGACUGGCCCAUUGCGCUCCAGCACCACUCAACCCCAGCCGGCCAUCAACACCUUCACCAGACUUCCUCACCAUGUCCCGAAACAUUCCAGCAUAAUUCCCGGCCGGAUAGUACUCGCACACCAGAUAUGAGCCCUUCACUCCCUCACCACUAGCGGUAUUGUUGCACUGCUGCACGAAGCCGCAACCGACGGAAGUCGUGUUCAGCCAUACCAGCUGCGUGAAGUGACCA